CAUGUGCUUCACUACACUACCAUUGCUGAUUAACACAAUCGGAGCGACCACAGUGGUCAUAACCCUUAAAAAGGGAUUUAUAAUUGUUGAUUUUUUUGGUGAUAAUUACUAACGUAUGACACGACAGGUCUACGCUAGUUACAAUAUUUGAACCAGUUUUUACAAUGGCCGUGCCUUCUUCAUUCGCUGUUGAUGAUAUCGUGCACUUAAACGUCGGAGGAACAAGGUUUUCAACAUCAAAACAAACAUUAACAUGGGUACCAGAUUCAUUCUUUACCACAUUAUUAAGCAACCGUAUCGCCAGCCACAAAGAUGAAGAUGGAGCAUUGUUUAUAGACAGAGAUCCAAAACUGUUCUCUAUUAUAUUGAAUUAUUUAAGAACUAAAGACAUUGAUUUGAAAAGUGUAGAUCUUCGUACCUUGCGACAUGAAGCUGAGUAUUAUGGUAUAUUACCGUUAGUUAAACGGUUAAUGUUAUGUGAAGAUUUGACACAAUCUUCUUGUGGGGAUGUUUUGUUUUAUGGUUAUUUGCCACCUCCAAGUAUACCAUUACAAGAGCCCACCACCACCGCCACAUCAAAUGCAUCAGAUGUAUCUGUUCAUAGUAGAACUACUACUACUACUACCACUGCUACAAAUCCAAAAGCAGAUGCACCAUCAACUUCUCAGAGCACAGCUCCAUCAACCACCAAUGCAACUCAAAAUAGCAGUGGUCAACAAAACCAUAAAGGUACGCUUGGGACACAUGUAAGGAAUUCUUCAUUGGACUACAGAAUUCAGCCAAGGGGCUUGCCGUAUUCACGUACAUCAUCUCUAGACUUAAGGCAUGUUAGGAAUAAUUCAGCAGACUUGAACAAAUUGCAUAAGAAUGAUUUAAGUUUGGUAUUUGGACCCCAGCAAGCUUCUUCUUGGGUGGAUCCUUUGAGAGUUCAAAUCAUAAAGGCUCAUCACAAUUGGAUUGUGAUUGCUUACGCGCAUUUCAUAACAUGUUACCGACUUAAAGAUUCAUCUGGAUGGCAACAUGCAUUUACUAGUCCUCACAUUGAAUCAGUAAUCGAAAGGGUAGCAAUAACAUCGAAAUUAAACACUAGUGUAGACGUUAACAUGGUCGCAUUUUCUUAUGGGAAUCAAGUUACAUUAUGGAGCGUCUCGGCAAACGGAAUAAACAUAAACAUUGGUACAUUUAAUUUAAAUGUUCGUAUAGAAUAUUUAUUUUUUAUUGGGAGUCAAUUAGUUGCCUUGUCUUCUACUGACAAGAUUGGUGUAUGGCAUGCUAUGACACACCAUUGGCAAAUACAAGAUGUAGUGCCCAUUUUGUCAUUCGACACGGCUGGCUCUUUUCUUCUCUUGGGGUGCAAUAAUGGAUCAAUUUAUUACAUUGACAUGGAAAAGUUCCCUUUGCGAAUGAAGGACAACGAUCUACUUGUAACCGAAUUGUACCGUGAUCCAAAUUAUGAUCCCAUUACAGCCAUAUCCGUUUAUUUAACGCCAAAGACAUCACAAGCUCUGUGUGGCAACUGGAUCGAAAUUGCAUACGGCACCAAAUCCGGCAGUGUUAGAGUCAUUGUACAACAUCCUGAAACUGUAGGACACGGACCACAAUUAUUCCAGACAUUUACAGUACAUCAAAGCAGCGUGACAAAAGUAACAUUAUCAGAGAAGUAUUUAGUAUCAGUUUGUUCCGAGUAUAAUCACGUUAGAAGCUGGGCUGUAAAGAGGUUCCGUGGAAUGAUCUCUACUCAGCCUGGAUCUACACCGGAAGCAAGCUUCAAAAUUGUAUCCUUAGAAGCAAUUGAACCUUGCAUCAGCUAUAAUGCUGGCAAUGAUUUCGGGCCGUUCGGAGAGCAAGAUGAUGAACAAGUGUUUGUUCAAAAAGUUGUACCUGAGACUGAUCAGUUGUUUGUACGCUUGGCAUCGAAUGGAAAACGAGUGUGUGUAAUUAAAUCGGUAGAUGGUAGCAUUAUUAGUUCAUUUUAUGUACACGAAUGCGAAGGGUCUAGCCGAAUGGGUUCAAGGCCAAGGCGUUUCAUAUUUACUGGCCAUUCUAAUGGUACCAUACAAAUGUGGGAUCUUACAACAGCCUUAGAGCCGACAUUCUCUUCUACGCAAAAUGUUUCCGGUGGACCUACACCUGAAGAACUUUGGAAGCUAUUAGAUCAGUGCGACUUAAGCAACAGUUAUUCCUCCACACCAUGUAUUAGUCCGUGUCCAUCAGUUAUAUCCCAAUCGGGCCCUAGCUUAAAAACAAGUAAUGUACUGUUCCUCAACCAAUCGCAAAACUUUGAAGCCACUCCUGGAACUAGCCAAACCUGAAGGUAGCGUGAAAAGAAAUAUUUUUUACAUUUUUUUAUGUUAUUAAACAUAACUGAAUUUGCAUUGCUA